AUGAUGAUUGAGAGCAUGGCAGGCAAGGCUGCGGCCAUGCACGGUGAUGUGUAUGAUGCUUCUCCGUUUGUUUUCAAUGAAAAACGAACAGCAAUUGACCACUUCGGCGAACUGUUGGCAAAAGCUGGGUAUAAUUAUCAUGGGAACGAAACAUUCUAUUCUGGAGUGGAUGGAAGGCAACUUGAGGUGCAAAUAUUUUUCGGAAUCGUUUAUUACCAGCGACUUCGACACAUGAUCGCUGAUAAAUUCCAGGUGCGGUCAACAGGCCCCAUUGACCCAAUUACGCACCAGCCUGUGAAAGGACGUAAGAAAGGUGGUGGUAUUCGAUUUGGAGAAAUGGAAAGAGAUGCUAUAAUUGCCCACGGAACGGCUUUUGUUUUACAGGACCGAUUGCUAAACUGCUCCGACCGCGAUGUUGCAUAUGCAUGUCGUCGCUGUGGUUCUUUAUUGUCAGUACUCAUGGAUACGAAAGCUGCAGCUGUUAAAUCUCGAAGAGGAGCAAUUUCUGCCGAUGAUUACACUGAGAAGCAAAUGUGCAGAAAUUGUGGGAAAGAAGAUGAAGUCUAUCUUGUGCAGGUACCGCGUGUGUUUCGGUAUUUGACGGCGGAGUUAGCCGCAAUGAACAUUAAAAUUCACCUUGGAAUCACAGAUUUCGCCAAAGUUGCGAGAGCCUAG